GCAGAUAGACAUAUGUUGUCUCCGACAAAGUUGUUUCUUAUAAAAUGUGCUACAACUUCAUUCAUGAAAGUGGAAUUUUAUAUGCGAAAAUGGGAGAAAUAAAAUUCGUUUCUCUCUUUUAGGUAGAUUAACACAAAAUUCUAACGUCUUUAAAAUGAUAAAUAAUUGAUAAAGCCACUUUGCUAACGACACUUCGGCUCCAAAAUCUUUUUUUUUUUCUUGAGGAAAAGUAAUGAGCGUAAAUUAGUGCAUUAUUUAAGCGAAAAUGUGAGAAGAAGAAGAGAUAUGUGAGGUGAAACUAAACUUCCUUCGAAUAAAUUGUUUGUUUCGUUAUAGCAAACAAUAAUGUAGAACAAUGAAAAAAUGUAGACAAUCACUAUAGAAAGUUGAAUUGAUUUUUAGAGGUGGUGUACAGAAAACUCCAGAAAAGUCCUUUCAAAUAGGAAGAUAGAAGUAUGAUGUCCUCAACAAUGUAAUUUCUUUCAAAAUGUGCUAUAACUUUGCCGAACGAAGUGGAUUUUUAUAUUCCAAAAAAUGAGAAAAAUAAAAUUCGUUUCUCAAUGUUAAGUGGUUUAAUUGCAAAAUUUCAUCUUUCUAUUAAAUGAAGAACAACUAAAAAAACAACUUUACUGAAGACACUUUGACUCUAAAACAAUUUUUUUUGUGUCAAAUGAAUUUCGAUCACAGUUUUGCAGUUUUAGGAACAGUGUGAGGUGGUUGCAUUUCCCGCGAACUGGCUCCUAAAAUAACUUUAAAACGGCUACAUUCAUCAAGUAAAUUAUUAUGAACUUUUCGAUUUAAAACGACCAUCUGAACUGUUUAAAAUCAUUAAAAUUCGAAUAUUUUGAAAAAUAUCGAAAUGAAUCAUUUUUAUAAAAACUUGAUCUUCAAUGAAAAAUUUGUUUUUAAUUUCUCCACCCUGAAUUUUUUACCAAAAGUUUUGUCGUUACUUGGUGUAUUAGAAUUUAGUUUAUACAUUGGAUUUUUAGUAGCCGUAAAUGUUUUUUACGGUGUAUAUUUUUUUACAAGCCUGCCAUUCAUUUUCAAAUAGUUUUUCUGUACAACCAAAGUGCUAAGUAAGAUUUCUGACCGACAAUACUUGGAGUAAAGCACAAAAUACUCUAGAGUCUCAAAAAAUUUCCCACUCGAGAAAAUAUUCAGUUUACUGAGUCAAACACGUGUGCGAAUUAGAAUUCAAAUCAAAAAUGAUCAAUACUGAAUACUUCGAAAUAAUAUUGUUUAUUCUUCCCAUCAUAAUAAAAGUAUCAUGCAUCGAAAAAAUAUACACCACUCAUUGAUUCCGAACCCAAGAUCAAUCGACGGAAAAUUACAAGAUUUCAAAACCGCUUCUUACCUGUCACACACUAUCCAAGCAGAAUGAUUCAUUUGUUUUGUAACGCAAAAUGAAUUUUCUAGCACUUUCAUGCCGCUAGAGAGCAAUAACGUACGCGAGGGGAACAUUCUAGCACAUUCGCGGUGGUUCAACAAUGAACAGUGCGGCGCUUCAAAUGAACUCACACAUCGCUCUCUCACGUAUAAAAAGGGGAAGCGUCUCACGAACAGCAUUCAAUUCUACGACAGAAAGUGAGAAGUGAAAGUCGCAAGCGAUCUCAUACGAUAUUCGAAAAUUUCUCAUUGAAAGUAAACUAGACCAAAUAAGUAAAGUGCAGUAAACAUGCCACUCGUACCAAUUUUGUUCCGAGACUGGUGGGAGGAUUGCUGGGAUACGCCUCUCCAGACAUCCCGGCUGAUGGAUCAACAUUUCGGAAGUGGCCUCACAGCCGAUGAUUUACUAACGGCUCUCACCUCCGCUGCAGCAGCAUGUUCGGCGCUUCAGCAGACCAAUCCACGUGUUGGCUACAAUCGACCGUGGCGCAACAGCAGCCUUGCUUCACGUCAGGAUUCCGGAUCGACAGUCAACAUGGGCAGUGACAAGUUCCAGAUAAAUUUAGACGUGCAACAAUUCUCUCCGAAUGAAAUUUCUGUGAAGGCAAUUGACAAUAGCAUUUUGGUGGAAGGAAAGCACGAGGAAAAACAAGACGAGCACGGCUUUAUUUCGAGACACUUCGUUCGUCGUUACGUGUUGCCUAGUGGCCAUGACCCUGAAGCAAUUGUUUCAUCACUUUCGUCGGAUGGAAUUCUUACCAUCACUGCUCCGAAGAGAGCUUUGCUCGAACCGGAAGCAGCCAGAACGAUUCCCAUCACACAAACUGGUCAACCGAUGAAGAAGAUAACGGAAAAGCCGAAGGAGGAGAAACAAACUGAGAAGCCAAAUGAAAAUAAGUAAUCAGUUCCUUUCCUAUGUAACUAAAUUCAUGCAUUUGCUUUUGUCAUGUAAAUUUGAGGAUUGCUCAACCAAAGUUACUAUCAAAUAAACCAUUUAUGUUGAAAAGUUAAAAUCAAA